GAGCGCCACACACUACGAGGGAACCCCAUCAGCUGGAAGUAGAGUAUCAUUGCAACUCCUCACGCUUCUGCGUUCGUAUGCAACUGCACAUUCAAUCUCACAGACUGAACUGUUCUUUAAAUUAAAUGCGCCAUUGCCUGCGAAUACCCGGCAAAUUCACAACAAGCGAGGAGUUAGGAAGAUCCGCGGACUCAAAGCUGGAGAGGGAAGCAUGGAGUAUUUCAUGGUACCAGCUCAGAAGGUGCCCUCAUUGCAACAUUUUAGGAAAACGGAAAAAGAAGUCAUAGGGGGGUUGUGUAGUUUAGCAAACAUCCCCCUCACACCUGAGACGGCACGGGACCAGGAACGACGAAUUCGCAGGGAGAUUGCCAACAGCAAUGAGCGCAGGCGCAUGCAGAGCAUCAACGCUGGCUUCCAGUCUCUCAAAACACUCAUACCACAUAGUGAUGGAGAGAAGUUGAGCAAAGCUGCCAUCUUACAGCAGACUGCAGAAUAUAUCUUUUCUUUGGAGCAGGAAAAGACACGCCUGCUACAGCAAAACACGCAGCUUAAGCGCUUCAUCCAGGAGUUCAGUGGCUCAUCCCCAAAGAGAAGACGUGCAGAGGAGAAGGAUGAAGGUAUAGGCUCUCCGGAUAUUCUGGAGGAAGAGAAGGUGGAGGACCUGAGGCGAGAAAUGAUUGAACUUCGGCAACAGCUGGAAAAAGAACGCUCAGUGCGCAUGAUGUUGGAGGAACAGAUUCGAUCUCUGGAUGCUCACCUAUACCCCGAGAAACUGAAGGUGAUUGCCCAGCAGGUGCAGGAGCAGCAUGUGCAGACACAGACUCUGCUUCGCCUACAGCAGCAGGAACAACUGGAUAGAGAGGGCACUCCUGCUCGUAGUACACAGGCAUAUUCUCCAGCCACACCAUCUGCCCCCACCCAUCACACCACUGUUAUUGUUCCUGCCCCUACGUUGCCACCUCCUCCCCAUCAUGUUACAGUGGUAACCAUGGGCCCUGCUUCUGUAAUCAACACAGCGUCGACAUCGCGACAGAACUUGGACACCAUUGUGCAGGCUAUCCAGCACAUUGAGGGCACACAGGAGAAGAUGGGUGUGCCUGAGGAGGAGCAGCGUCGGGCAGUCAUCGUCACCCCGGGCCGCAUCUUGAAUGAGACCGCAGACUCAGACACUGCCUCAGACAAUGAAGGUUCUGAGGACUGUUAAUUGCACCAGUCAACCAUGGUGGCCAUAUGGAGGGCCUCCUAAAGACUCUUUCACUCCCUCUCAUUAUUUCUUUUUCAUAUAGGCAUACAAACCCAUAGGGUAAUGAAAUAAUUUAGUCAAAGAUUCUAUGAACAAACACAACUAAAUAGCAAAUUUACCAUCUCACCCACUUCUACACUUGGACUAUUAUACCCACUAUUAUACAGUGCACUAGACUAUUUUAUCACUCUGGCCCAUGAUGUGCAUCCAAAGCAUUUUCUGUUCCAUCCGUACUUAAUGUUGAAAUGAAUCAGCCUCAAACAACUUUGACAUGGCUUCUGUGUUCUUCCAUUUAUUUACUGCUUGUGUAUAGAGUGAACAGUUUCUUGGGCCUUACUCUCAACAAUCCAUUCCUUUCUUCUGUAAGUUUCUCUAACAGGGGAAAGUUAUAUCUACCAACCCGUCUCUCUUACAUUUUCAACCAUCUACUAAAUCUUUUAAAUACUCCGAGCAACCCUCCAUUCUGUCUAACCAAGGGAGGCUUUAUAGCACCACUGUGAGCUUACCCAACAUUUGAAGCCAGAUGUACUAUUCCAUUGGCUUAAAAAAUUUUUUUAGAGUAAUUGACAUGAGAACGUGUGUCAUGGGAAUCCAUUUCAGGUGCCUCUGGUCCCAGCAAUGCUCCUCUGCAUAAAGCGAAAGAUUAUACCUGUUUUGUGCACUUUGUUACAAAUCUUGGAGGGAGGGAGCAGAAUGUGCCCCUGCCGUCAUUCACACUCAGCUGGGCUGGGUUCCUUGUACAAUAAAACUAUGUUGACAAUGCAUCCCUACCACCAUAUCAAACACUCAGCUCUUUUAUGUUGCUCCUAAUGCUGGCCUAAUAUUUUGUCUGUUUUAUUUGACAAACUUCAAUAAGCUAACUAGUAGGUGCUCUGCAGAGAGAUGUAUUUGCAUUUUGUGUGGCUCUGCUUUGGAGCAUAUUUGCUGUGCUGGCAUCCACUGGUUGCCUGAGGGUCAGGCUCUCAUCAAGAAAGGGUGGCAGUAGCACUAGCAUAUUUAUUAAAAGCCCAUAAGCACUCUAUGCAGCUCCCUGUACAGCCAUCUGCUUGUGUGUUCCCUUUGAAGACAGAAGCGCUUCUUUUAAUUCCCCAAUUGGUCAGUUCUCUGACCUAUGCUGUUGGUAAUCUCUGCACUUAGGGUUUUCUUUUUUUUUUUUUUUUUUCUUUUUCUUUUAACAUUGUACACAUUUGCCCUAUAGAUUCUGUAGUUUACUCUGCUUUCUAGAAUGUUUGUUUUUUGUUUUUCUUUGCAUUUUUUAUACCCUUUUAAGGUACAGGGCAGAUAAUCUUAUGAAGCAUUAUCUCAUUUAAUUAAAGCUGCAUGAUUGCAUGGGCUGUCUGAUGCAUCCCAAUGUUCAGAGAAGGAGGAAUAAAGGAGUGCUAACUGCAUGACAUCCUACCCAAGUUGGAGUUGGCCUGUAGGUGACAAGAAUUCAAAUUACCAGUCUUGCCCUAUCCUAUUUCUCCCUUCUCAUGCCACUAUGCCAUGAACAUGGGUGAUCAUUUUAAACAUUCCAAAAUGUCCUAGCACCAGGUUCAUGUUUUGCAAAUGCUAUUUUAGUAUUCUUCAGAUUUAGGAACAGAUGUGACAUCUGUAAGUAAAUUUGACUGAAACAUAUUAUGCCUGCCCUAAUGUAACAGGGAACCACUUGCUGCUUGACAAACUCCUUUUCCUUCAGAAUUUACCAAAUUUUGUCAGCAUGUUGGCUUUCUCUGGCCCUUAGCCAGUCAAGCAUCAGUGUUAAUGGCUGAGAAGCAGGGCUUCUAAAAGAACAGGCAGAUAAAAGAUGGAGUUGAUUUUAUACUGUAUAUUACACACACACACCAAUUAGCCAUAACCGCAACCAAAAACAUUAAGCCUAAUAUUCUGUAUGUUCCCCUUGUGCCUCCUGGGCACCUCUGGCACUGGUGCCAUAUCCUUUGUGUUCUGUGGGUGGUGGGGUAGGGCCUCCAUGAAUCUGACUUGUUUGUCUGGUGCAUUUCAUGGAUGCUCGGAUUGUGUUCUGGGGAAUUUGGAGGCCAGAUCAACAAUUUUGAACUCUGUGCCCGCUAACCCCCAUAUGCAGGAGGCUGUUGUGCACUCUGCAUUCUGAUAUCUUUCUACCUUGCUAAGACAUCUGCCAUUGUUAUUUUUCAGCAAUUUGUGCUGCAUCGGCUUUUCUGCGUGACUGGUGGAUGGGCUACCCUUCGGUCCCCAAAACCACAGGUGAACCUUUGGUUCCCAUGAUCCUGUGACCAGUUUACUGUUAUAUAAUUGAUAAUGUUAUUCAGUUCACCUAGCAGUAAUAUAAGUGUUGUGGCUGAUCAGUGUGUGUGUGUAUGAAAGUGUGUACAUGUAUAUAUAUAUAUAUAUAUAUUUCAAGUAUGAGAGGUGUGUGUAUAUGUGUUUGCGUGUGUGUGUGUGUGUGUGUGUAUGUAUGUAUGUAUAUAUACACACACACAAACAUAUACACACAUACACACACAGUCACUUAAAUGUCACUUGAUUUUUUUUUUUAUUCAAGUGAUGGUCAGAUUGACUUAUAAAAAAAUGUUUGCUUUCUUUUUUUUUCUUGCUGUAUUUCUGUAUGCGUGAAAGCUCAGAUGUUGCUUAAAUUUCAUCAAUUUCUGUAUCAAAGCCACAGGGUGUCUGCUUUUUUUUUAAUUCAAAUUCAUACUUUCAGAUGUCUGUAAAAAUACUAUAAAAAAAGACUGUAAGAGGAAUGUGUAUGUGAGGGUUUAACCAAAAGUUUAUAAAAAAUAUGGAUUUAAAGCACUUACUUUUUAAAGAGAGAUGCCUCCUAAAUUGAAGCUCUUGGUGCUGAGAGUCCAAACCAUGCAGCUGUUGAACCCUUCUUGACUCUUGGUAUGUCUCCAUCUCCUAAGUCCUAGACUUGUUUCCCCUCCCUCUUUAUCUGUCACCUCUGUUGUGGUAUUUGUUUUUUGUUUUUGUUUUUUUGUUUUCUUCUGUUCAAUUCUCUGUCCCAUUUGGUUGUUGAGAAGCUGUUAUAUUUUGUUCUAAUUUUUUUAAAAGAAAACUGGGGAAAAGAGGCAUGUGCCUUUGUAAAGACAGAAUAAUAAAGUUUGUACUUUGUUUUUUACAA